CCAAUGUGUAGUGUGAUAAUCGUUAGGGAGGAAUGUAUAUAAUAUGUUGCAUGAGAAUAUUUGUACACUUGCUUUGUGAUUUGAGAUCGUAUAAUCGGCUUUUAUACACAUCAAAUACAAUUUACUAGAAAAUCAGCUCAUACACAUUACACUACACUGGUAGAAAAACGGGUCGGUGCAUGUAACGAGAUAUGAUCAAAGAAUAUAUAAAAUUAAGAGAGAAAGACUACAUAUAGCAGACAAUGCUUUGAAGCUUACUGAUAAAGUUUUUGAAUCAUCAUUACAGUAAUCCGUGGAACAGUAACAACGCUUUUGUGUUGACGAACUUCCAUACGUCUGAAAGCAUGUAUCUGAAAAUGAUGGUUCGAACUUUCUGAGACAUAAUCUGGAAACGGUUGUUAUUUCAUGGUAUUGUUGUCCCCAUCUAGGUUUUCGGAAGUCGAUUCUCUGGACUUCCUCAAUUUUGAUGCAAGCCUUGCAGCCAUCCAGUUUCUGCCACGGUCCAUUUGAUUCAUCACAGGGCCAAAGAGACAUUUUACGUUCUCUGUCUACUAUCUCACACUCAUAGCAGCUUAGAUUAUUCACAGAAAAACAGUCAGAGAUAUCAAAAGAUAUCAAAAGUAAUCCAAGAAGAAAAUUAAACCAUUUCAUUUGCAAACAAUUGACUUAAGACACUAACAACGCAAUAAUGCGGAAAUGUGUACAACUUUUUCUACGGGCCAAUCAGAGAAGAAAGCAACUCCCAUUUGUUUACUUUAAAAAACCAUCCAAUCAAAACUCCGCACUAGUUUUAAUUUCAACUUCAAGGUCAAAAUUGAUUCCACAUUUGUAUUGCGUAUUAGUAUCAUGCCUUAGCACAAACAAUGACUGUCAGCUACGGCGGUCUCAUAGCAACCGUCAAGUAUGGAUCAUUUUUCCGUCUACUUUUUCGAUGGCGUGGAAGUCUUUAUAAAUUAGUAUGGCCCGGUUUACUAGUUUACUGCUUCUUUUACGCCGCUGUAGCGAUCGCUUAUCACUCUAUACCAGAUAAACCGGAAUAUCGAAAUGCCAGGUUACUUUUUGUACAAAUAUGCUACAUCGCUGGACGUGUAACAGAUGCUGUCCCAUUAUCCUUCGUUUUGGCAUUUUAUGUGAACUUGGUAGUUAGUCGAUGGCUGCAGCAGUUCCUUUGCUUACCAACUCCUGAUGCGAUAUGCCUACUUUUAUCAGCCUAUUUAGGUGAAAAUACUAAUCCCAAAGAUCACAAAGAACUAGAAAAUGGUGAGGAAAGAGCGUUGGUUUUCAGAAGGACCAUUAGCCGUUACAUCAACUUGGCUUCUGCUUUAUGCUUUUGCUCAAUAUCUAUUGGUAUGAAACAACGAUUCCCAACUCUUGAUAGUUUGGUCAUAUGUGGCCUAAUGACUGAACAGGAACUAGAAAUUUAUUCUAAUUUGGAAGAAUCAACAAGCAAUUUUUUCGUUCCAUUGGUAUGGGCCAUUUCUCUGAUUACGAAAGCUCACGAAGAAAAUAUGAUACGCGAAGAAAGACACGUGGAUGCAUUAGUCGGUCAGGUGGUAGAGUUUUGGGAAAAGUUGUAUAAAUUGUGUAUGUAUGACUGGGUGAAUGUACCUUUAGUUUACAAUCAGGUUGUAGCACUGGCUGUGUACAUUUAUUUUGCUGUUACAAUUUUCGGUCAUCAGUUUAUUGAUGCCCCUUCAAUCCUACCGCAUAUGUCAACCAGAGUCAAUUCAUCUAAUUUAACAUCUGUCAACAAUAAUAAUAAUUUCAGUAGUAGUAUUCUCAGCAAUCCUGCUAAUGAUACAAAUGUCACUAAUGGUAUAUCAUUUCCUAGAGUAUUACCAAAUAUCCCAGUAUUUACAAUUCUUUCUUUUAUUUUUUACAAUGGCUGGCUUAAAGUAGCUGAAUCACUUGUUUCACCGUUCGGUUUAGAUGAUGAUGAUUUUGAAGUUGUUCCAUUAUUGGAAAGAAAUUUAAAUACAAGUUUAUAUUUUGUUGAUACAUGUAUUUCCGAUCCGAAUUUAAUCCCUGAAUUAGUAAAAUCUGGUUGUAAAGUCGAUAUUGAAACUGAUGAUGAUGAUCAUACUGAUGGUACUGCUGUCAGUGAUUCGGAUUAUUAUAGUCGACUUAAUAUCCCUGGUAGUCGUCAAAGGAAAAUUAGUACAAAGUCAAAAGGCGGUGGUAGUCGAAGAGACAGUUUUCUGUCACCUAAUUCGUAUGAUGAAAAUUAUCUAUCAACACCUCAUACUUUUGAAUCACCUAUGGAUAAUGAAACACCUUGGCCUGAAUUACCACCUACUCGUCAACGUAGACCAUCACAUACAGCUUUUAUUGGAUCAUUGGAAGUAACUGGAGCUACAAAAGAAGGUAAUUUAAAGUUGUCUCCUUCAAUACACUCUUUAACACCUGAUCAACAGAGUCCACAUCUACAUCCUGAUACAUUAAUUACUUCAAUAGGAUCAUCACUUCACCGUUUAGGAUCUAAAAUUAGAAAAUUGUCACUCAGUCAAUCAAAUACUCCAGUUAUUCAUGAAUUAACUAAUCUUAAUACAGAAAGUCCAGAUCGUUCAGUUAGUGUAGUAUCAAGUCAAGAUAAGCUUAAUUCUAAAGAUGCUUAAAAAAAUGAAUACAAAAAAUUUUUUCUCUUGCCUACCUUUUUUUCAUCUUGUUAAUACUUUCCAUUCAAGCAUUUGUUUUGUAUGCUUAUUAUAAAGCUAUCAUAUAAAACGUCGACACAAAUAAACAAACAAUACCUCAUGUGUUUGUUUUUCUUUUUACGACCGUAUGACUGUGUUGUGAUUUACUAUUACUAAUCAUAUAUAUGUAUUUUUUCAACUUCAGUUGUAUUUAAACUGAAAAUAAUCGAAUAUCCCUAACUUGCAUGUUUCAACAUAGCUUUCAUCCUCUUAAACAGACUCGUAUUUGGAAAGAAGCAAUUGUUCAAUCAUUCCACAUUCCUUUCCUGUUAAGUGUCCCUUGUCUUCAUCCUGUCGUAAUUUUUCUGAGAAAAAUUAGAAAUGGCAUUAUUUUUUAAAUUAUUUUACAUAGUUUAGUGAUAUAAAGAGACUUUUUCAAACCGUACAUUGUGUAUAAUAUAAAUUGAUUUUGAAAUUUAAUUG